AUGUCGUACUCGUGGGUCGGUGCCCCGGCCGUUUUCAAUGGAACAAACGCCGAGACUGGUGGUAAUUCUGCCGUGGAAAACUUGAACCAAUGGUACCAAUCCGGAGAUCAGGCUUACAUCUUGAUUUGUGCCGCAAUGGUAAUGAUCAUGAUUCCUGGACUGGGUUUUCUCUAUUCUGGAUUGGCUCGUAGAAAGUCUGCUUUGUCUUUGAUCUGGGCGUGUGUUGGAUCAUCACUUGUGAUUACUUUCCAGUGGUACUUUUGGGGUUACUCGCUCGCUUUCUCGAAAACUGCCACCAAUGGGUUUAUUGGAAAUUUGAAGCAUUUUGCGUUGUUGGAUAUGUUGGCUGCGCCGAGUCCUGGGUCACCGCUGGUUCCGGAGCUUUUGUACUCGUUCUAUCAGAUGCAAUUUGCCGCUGUUACAGUCGCUAUCGUUAUGGGUUCUAUUGCUGAGCGUGGGAGAGUACUGCCUGCGAUGGUUUUCUCUUUCUUAUGGGCAACGAUCGUCUACUGUCCUGUUGCGUGCUGGGUGUGGAAUGUCAACGGAUGGGCAUUCAACUAUGGCGUCUUGGAUUACGCAGGUGGUGGACCUGUCGAGAUUGCUUCUGGUGUCAGUGCCCUCGCUUAUUCUCUCGUGCUCGGGAAGCGCCAAGAGAAGAUGCUUCUCAACUUCCGACCUCACAACGUCUCACUCAUCACGCUUGGUACAAUUCUUCUAUGGUUUGGAUGGCUCGGGUUCAACGGCGGUUCUGCCUUCGGUGCUAACCUCCGUGCUGUGAUGGCUUGCUGGAACUCUAACCUUACUGCCGCUUUCUCUGGAAUUACUUGGACCUUGCUCGACUUUAGACUUGCAAAGAAGUGGUCAAUGGUUGGUCUUUGCUCAGGAGUUAUUUCGGGACUUGUUGCUGCUACUCCUGCAUCUGGAUUCCUCUCGCCCCAUGCAAGCAUCCUAUUGGGAGUUGUGACUGGUGUCGUCUGCAAUUAUGCUACAAAGAUUAAAUACUAUGUCCGCAUUGACGAUGCUAUGGAUGUCUUCGCUGAGCACGGUGUCGCUGGAAUGAUUGGUCUUAUCUUUAAUGGUCUUCUCGGUGCUGACUACAUUAUCGGCCUCGAUGGUGUCAACAAUAUUCAAGGUGGAUUCCCCAACAAGAACUGGAAGCAACUUUACAUCCAGAUCGCCUAUAUUCUCGCUGUCACCUUGUACUCCUUCGUUGUCACCCUCGUUCUCUGUCUCGCCAUCAAUGCAGUUCCUGGUCUGCAGCUCCGUGCCACAGAGCAGGCUGAGCUCCUGGGUAUGGAUGAUGAUCAAUUGGGCGAAUUUGCGUACGAUUACGUUGAGGUUCGCCGCGAUUACCUCGCAUGGACUCCUGCUAAGGAGCACUUCCACGGAGGAGCACCUGUGGCCGCCGGUGACAGGCACGGGAUUGCUGCUCACAGUGAGAUGAUUGAAGGUCGUCAGCCAGCUGAGCUAGGAAUUAGCCCCGCCCCGAGCACAGAAGUCAAGUCGAAAGAACACUAG